AUGAUUGUCUUUUUAAGGUUUACUUGUGUUUUUGUGACACUACUAGCCACUUAUGCAUGUGAUACUUCAGGAUCUAAAGAUGACUCUCCGUCAGCUAACAAACGUUUUCUGCUGGAUGGAAAUGCUGUACCAUCUAAUAUUUCAUUAGAACAGUUUGCAUCGUGUUACCUAACUUGCACACCAACAUAUGGAAAACUCUUGGAAACAUGUUGCAAAUCAGGUCUCAAUGUGGUCUGUUCAAAUUUUCCAUGGGAUAUUUUGAAACCCAAGCUAGGGUCCUGCCCAGGAUUAUCAAAAAGUCCAACCACUUCAGCUUGGUUGUCCCUGGAACAGUUUGCUGCAUGCUUUCUUACGUGUGUUGUUGGAUUUGAAAAACUUACAGAGGCAUGCUGCCAAUCAGGAUUAGAUGCGAUUUGCACAAAUUUGCCAUGGAAUAUAUUAACAUAUCAGUUAGGAUCAUGCCGAUCUGAACUGUCAACAAUUACAACAACAAAUCCAAGUACCCUUCUUCAACCUUACUGGUCGUCGUGGGGAAUGUGGACAUGUGGACAUCAAGGUUCAAUCUGCUUUCAGACUCGUGAACGAAAAUGUUCAACAGGAGUAGACAAAGAUUGCGAAUCUCAGUCUGGUGAAAUGGCCACCAGCAUAAGACUUUGCUCGGAAUCUACAUGUCCAGGUUUUCAUUUUUUUUAGUAUG